AUGGUUGAUGGGGCGAAAACCGAAAAGCCAUCGGAUGAUAUUCUUGAUCUACUGCCUUCUGAUCCCUUUGGAAUGAAUCUAAGUCCGGUCGCAGCGAACACCGGUUGGAAUAUUAUAAAAUCUUUUGCGACCAAGAUGGUUGAUGUGGCGAAAACCGAAAAGCCAUCGGAUGAUAUUCUUGAUCUACUGCCUUCUGAUCCCUUUGGAAUGAAUCUAAGUCCGGUCGCAGCGAACACCGGUUGGAAUAUUAUAAAAUCUUUUGCGACCAAGAUGGUUGAUGUGGCGAAAACCGAAAAGCCAUCGGAUGAUAUUCUUGAUCUACUGCCUUCUGAUCCCUUUGGAAUGAAUCUAAGUCCGGUCGCAGCGAACACCGGUUGGAAUAUUAUAAAAUCUUUUGCGACCAAGAUGGUUGAUGUGGCGAAAACCGAAAAGCCAUCGGAUGAUAUUCUUGAUCUACUGCCUUCUGAUCCCUUUGGAAUGAAUCUAAGUCCGGUCGCAGCGAACACCGGUUGGAAUAUUAUAAAAUCUUUUGCGACCAAGAUGGUUGAUGUGGCGAAAACAGAAAAGCCAUCGGAUGAUAUUCUUGAUCUACUGCCUUCUGAUCCCUUUGGAAUGAAUCUAAGUCCGGUCGCAGCGAACACCGGUUGGAAUGAGGAUCUUAAGGAGGAUUUUGGGUUUGACAUUCUUGGGUUUGGGACUGAUGAAUCAGAGGUCAGUGAAGAAGACGUUCAACUACUUGCAGGAUUGAAUCUGGAUUCGAAUGCUUCUGUCUGUUCCAAUUCAGAGCAGAGUGACCUGAUCUCGGAGACGACAACAACUGGGUAUUGCGAUUCCUGGGUUUAUAUUAAUCUGUUUGAAACAGUUGAUCACCAAGAGGAUAAAACUGAACAUGUGUCUGAUGAUGUCCUUGAUUUACUGCCCUCUGAUCCCGUUGGUAUGAAUAUAAAUGGUCGCCAAGAGGAUACAACUGAACAUGUCUCUGAUGAUAUCCUUGAUUUACUGCCCUCUGAUCCCUUUGGUAUGAAUAUAAAUGCUCACCAAGAGGAUAAAACUGAACAUGUGUCUGAUGAUAUCCUUGAUUUACUGCCCUCUGAUCCCUUUGGUAUGAAUAUAAAUGCUCCAAAAAUCACUGGUUGGAUUGAGGAUCUUGAUGAGGAGGAUUUUGGGUUAAAAAUUCUCGGGUUUGGUACCGAUGAAUCGGAGGUCGAGGAGGAUUGUUAUCAAGAUUUUCCUACAUAUUCAGUGAUUGAUGUUAUUGCUGAUGUUUUGGAAUUGAGCAUGGAUGAAGUUAUGAAAUAUUUCUAG